AUGAGCGUCGCCGCGCUGGUCCCUCCCGCGCUCCCGCCCGGGCCGCCGCCGCCGCUGCCUCCUCCGCCUCCCGCCACAGCGUUGCCCCCGGGAUCAGGCCCUGCCGCCGCCGCGGUCAUCGCCGCCGCCGCCGCCGAGAGCUACGAAGAGGAGGAGCUGGAUAGUCCCGCCGACGAGGAGGAUGGGGAGCGCAGCGGCCGCGCGCGGGACUCGGACGAGGAUACCGAGGAUGCUAGUGAAACUGAUCUGGCCAAACAUGAUGAAGAGGAUUAUGUAGAAAUGAAGGAACAGAUGUACCAGGAUAAACUGGCAUCUCUUAAGAGGCAGCUACAGCAACUGCAAGAAGGUACUUUACAAGAGUAUCAGAAAAGAAUGAAAAAAUUGGAUCAGCAAUACAAGGAGAGGAUACGUAAUGCAGAACUCUUUCUUCAGCUGGAAACAGAGCAGGUAGAGAGGAACUACAUCAAGGAGAAGAAGGCAGCUGUGAAGGAAUUUGAAGAUAAAAAGAUUGAGCUGAAGGAAAACUUGAUUGCUGAGUUGGAAGAGAAGAAGAAAAUGAUAGAGAGCGAAAAGCUAACCAUGGAGCUAACGGGCGAUUCCAUGGAGGUGAAGCCUAUCAUGACAAGAAAAUUGAGGCGGCGGCCGAAUGACCCUGUUCCUAUUCCUGACAAAAGGAGGAAGCCAGCCCCUGCUCAGCUUAAUUACCUUCUAACGGAUGAACAGAUAAUGGAGGAUCUGCGGACCCUCAAUAAGCUUAAAUCACCUAAAAGACCAGCAUCUCCUUCAUCCCCAGAGCACCUGCCAGCUACACCAGCUGAAUCCCCAGUGCAGCGAUUUGAAGCAAGGAUAGAAGAUGGCAAACUUUACUAUGAUAAAAGAUGGUAUCACAAGAGCCAGGCUAUUUAUUUGGAAUCGAAAGAGAACACCAAAAUCAGCUGUGUGAUCAGUUCUGUGGGAGCCAACGAGAUCUGGGUGAGGAAAACCAGCGACAGCACAAAAAUGAGGAUCUAUCUCGGCCAGCUACAGCGAGGGGCGUUUGUAAUCCGCCGGCGGUCAGCUGCGUGACGCAGCGCACUGAUGGCUUCUGUGGCGUGUUAAAGACAAUCAGUUUUCUUAUGGAGACUCACAGUUGCUCUUCCGGGAUUUUGUCAGAAGACGUUCAUUCUCUCCCCCCACCCCCACUCCCUUGGAAGCAGUUGGUU